UUGACUGUGUCGCUCUUCUUGUAAGCAGCAUUACUAGAGCGAGAAGCGCGGCGUCAGGUGUUCAAAGAGCAGGGUAUCAUCCACUGAUGGAAAUGUUUUACUCGUUAUGUGUAGUUUAAGGUCAUUUUUGCGAUUCAGCACAGUAUUAGAUUGGGAUUCGUAUGAUUUAACCUCUCCGCGCGCCUUUUACAUCGCUACAAAAUGCUUCAUCUGCUCGCAGGACUCACGUGCAUCUAUGCACUGGCGUGUGUAAAAGUUGUCUAUGGACAAAAUGAAAAAGGUGAGCGCUUUCUCUGUACCGCAGUCCCCAUUGACAAGGGUAGUUGCCCCGUGCAGUCUCUGCCUGUUCAAAGCGCAUCGGUCCGGGAGGAGGAACUGAGAAACACCGGCACGCAACUUCGCGAGACCAUCCUACAACAGAAGGAGACGAUUGACAAUCAGUUAGAAACGAUUAAAGAGCUGACGUCUAAGCUGUCACGCUGUGAGGCUGACUCCGAAACGUUCAGGAAAAUGAAUAAGGACACAAUGGACGAUGUGCCUAAAGAUCCUAAUGACACCAUGCAGAGUCUGAAAGAUCGAUUGGAAAAUCUAGAGCAACAGCAAAUGCGAGCCAAUAUCUCUGGUGCCUCCUUUCCUAACGAGCUGAGAAAUCUACUGCAGCGUAGACUGGAGGACUUGGAAAAUCAACUGCUCGUGAAGGUCAAUGAGCUUGAGGAAGAGAAGUCCCAGCUAUAUAAUGAGACAGUCGCUCAUCGCCAGCGCACUGACAGUACCCUCAACUCUCUCAUGAACAGGAUCUCUGAACUGGAGAAAGGAGGAGCUGGAUUUAAAUCACCAGAGAAUUUCAAGAUCUCUCUUCCUCUUCGCACAAAUUACCUUUUUGGACAAGUAAAGAAAAGCCUGCCAGAAAUGUACGCCUUCACUAUCUGCAUGUGGCUCAAGUCAGGUUUGAGCCCUGGCAUCGGAACCCCGUUUUCCUAUGGAGUGCCUGGACAGGCAAAUGAGAUUGUACUGAUCGAAUGGGGCCAUAACCCUAUAGAACUGCUCAUUAAUGACAAGGUGGCACAGCUACCUCUCUCGCUGAGUGAUGGGAGGUGGCACCAUGUCUGCAUCACUUGGACUACUAGGGAUGGGCUUUGGGAAGCCUACCAGGAUGGCCAAAGAUUGGGCUCAGGAGAAAAUCUGGCUCCCUGGCACCCUAUCAAGCCCGGAGGAGUCCUUAUCCUUGGCCAAGAGCAGGAUGUAGUAGGGGGGCGCUUUGAUGCCACCCAGGCCUUUGUGGGGGAACUGAGCCACUUUAAUGUCUGGGAUCGGGUCCUGCGCUCCACGGAUAUCAUUGCCAUGUCAAACUGCUCAUCCUACAUACCUGGGAAUGUGGUGGCCUGGACCGACAGUAACAUCGAGGUGUUUGGUGGAGCAUCAAAGUGGCCGCUGGAGCUAUGCGAAGAUCGGCUAUUUGACAAUUAAUAUUGUCAAAUAUUCUAUUAGUGAGCGAUAUUAAAUCCUUUUCAUCCUCAAAAAGUGUUCAUCACUUAAAAAGUAGCAAAUAGUUUAGAAAAAUCUACUUAAAUGAACUAUAUAAAUUAUAUAUUUAAAUAUUCCUGGAUAGAUUACAAAAUGCAGAUAAAUGGAACAUUUCUGUUGAUAUAUUCUAUAUAUAGUUGACAUUUGUGGCUAAAGGAAAGAUGGUACUACCGUGGUACUCUUAAAAAUACCAUAUCACUGAAUGCUUAUCAUUUAUGUACAGUGUAUUUAUAUUAUACUCCAUGGUAUAUUACCAUGUCACCUUUUUGAUGCACACAAAAGCACACAUCCGUAUGCGUAUCCUGUUAAAAUAUAGCUGCGUUCACACCAUGUUGGAAUUACCAGAAUUAUGAGAUAACUACUUGUAAAAAGCGUUCAUGUCCUUGUAGAACUCAUUAUUGCAAAUUUUAUUUAAACUUAUCAUGUGGAAACACUUAAAAUGGCAACAGCUUCAGAAAUAAAAUGCAGUUAUUUCAUAAUAUUUCUGUUUAAUAAAUCCUAUGUAUGCGACUACUGUUCAUUUCUUGAUGAUGCAAGAAUAAUCUGUAAAUUAAAAAAAACAUACAAUACAUUUUAAUGUAGCUAGCACAGAGUUAGCACAGAAUAACGUUCUAAUGCCCCACUGACUAAACUAUAAGGUUAUUAAUAAGACAUUUUCAUUAUAUGUUGUAUUGAGGUUUCGUCUAUUGUUUACUCAAAUUACGCAGAUUAAUUUUGGUGUUAAGUGUUGCCAUAAAAACUCAUAAUUCCAAUUCUGAGGACAUGAACAGCUCUAAGUAGGAUAUCCUGGGUUGCCAUCUAAUAAUAUUUAUUACAACAUGGCAUGACUGCAGCAAAAGAUCAAAAGAGAGUGUUCUCACGACUUUCCGUGUCCUCUUUGAGUGUGCAUUGUUGUCCUGUGGUCUUAGAGUGCCUAAGUUAACAUGCUAAUGUUUCAUUACAAAGCUGUUUUUGAUUUAAGAACAAAACCAUACAUUAUACAGGAGGAAAACUUGGAUCUUGUGUUGUACAAAAGUCUUAAAUUUAGACUUUGGUGAGGGAAAUCACAUUUGAGAUCAAAUUGACAGUGGUGCCGUUAGCCUGUUGAGUAUUACUGCAGACCGCCAGAGCUACAGUAAUAAUGUGCUUAAGGCACCAUAAAUCUUUCUUUUUAAAAUCUGUCAUUG